UCAUCUUGUUUCAGGUGGUUCGUCUUCCAUUUUAAACUAAAACGCUGAGAUUCAGACUGAGAAUUUCACCAACGGGACAAUCAGCAAACAUAUCCUCAAAAAUUAUGAAGCCCAACAUAAACCUUACUUUUUUGGGGGGAAUAUUAUCAUGUUAUCAAUACUUUGUAAUCUUUGACUGGUUUGUUAGUACUUUUUCACACUGGUCACUGACUCAAACAUGAUGCAGGCAUUUAAACAAUGUUCCCUUAGAUAGAAACCUUUAAAGGAGGUGGGGACUAAGUUGGGCCAAAAUGAGCCAAAAUGGAAGAGAAACUAGGAAAACUAAGGGAACUAGGGGAUCUGGGGGAUUUAGGCAAACUAGGGAGGCUAAGGAAACUACAAAGGUUCCUUUAUAGUUAAAAUCAUGCUCUUCAAAGGUGAGGUUACUAAAGGCAUCUGGAACAGAAUGGAAAACAAAAAAGUAGGAAAACUAAAGACAGAGAGAGAUCUGGUGGAUAUAUGGAAACUAGGAAUCUAGAUGAACUAGAAAAUAACUAGGAAACAAGGACAGCUAGGGAAACUGCCAUGGUUCCUUUUCAGAUAAAAUGCUGCCCAAUGAGACAGAUGUUUCACUAAGGCAUAUGGUCCAGAAUGGAACAAGGGAAAGGUUCUAGGGAAAUGAGGAGGAUUGCAGAGAUCUAGGAGAACUAAGGAAACCAGGAGAUGUGGUGGAUCUACAGGAACUAGGAAUCUAGGGAAACUAUGCAAAGUAGGAAAAAACUAGGGAAACCUCGGCAGCUUGGAAAAUUGCCAAGUUUCUUUUUUGUUAAAGGUACAUCUGAAGGAUGAGGUUACUAUGGCAGCCAUCCAGAAUGGAUCAAAUUUAAAAGGAAAACAAAAAAACCUACAAAAAAACAUUCAUUUGUGAAUAAUAGGCUACAUGGCAGCUACUCAUCAAGGAUCUACACGCUCUGACAGACAUCUCCAGAAACAUUGCUAUUUUAUUUUAAACCUUAAAAAAAACUGGAUACUUUUUCAUGGUUGGGAAAAUGAAGUUCCCUGGAUCCCACCGUCCCUCAUUCCAAUUGGUCAAUGUCACAUUGCUUUGCUUCUCAUAAUGUUAACUCUAUACGUUAUAACGUUAUCCUGUCCAGCACAGAGUGACAGGGCAAAACAUAUCAAGAUACAUGACAUUCUCACAAAACACAAAGGCAUCAUCUUACAGUUUGAUAAAGUGUCAGCAAAACAGCAGCACCUGUAGAAAAACAGCAUCAAGAAUAUUUUAAUUAAUAAAUACACUAUAUGGACAAAAGUUCACCCUGAUAUGUGGUUCUUCCCCAAACUGUUGCCACAAAGUUUAAAGCACACAGUUGUAUAGAACGUCUCUGUGUGCUGUAGCAUUACAAUUUACCCUUCACUGGAACUAAAAGGCCCAAACCGGUUCCAGCAUGACAAUGCCCCUGGGCACAAAGCGAGCUCCAUGAAGACAUGGUGUGUGAAGGUUGGAGUGGAAGAACUCGAGGGUCCUGCACAGAGCCCUGACCUCAACCCCACUGAACACCUUUGGGAUGAACUGGAACACCGACUGAACCCCAGACCUCCUCGACAUCCCAACAUCAGCGCCUGACCUCACUAAUGCUCUUGUAGCUGAAUGAAUGUGAUGAACAUAUCUAAAUGUUUUUAAAUAUUAUUUAUAAAUUUAUUUUUAACAUCUAAUCAUCUGCUGACUGCUGUGAGUUGAUCCAUAUGACAAGAAUUUAGCCAUAGAAAAGCAUACUGUGAUGAAAUUGAUCUUAACAUUCGUAUGGUAUUGUGUUGUUUUGACAUCAUAUUGCCAGUCCUACGUCAUAUGAGAGUUUACAUGACCUGCACUGUGUCCGUUUUCCUUGAACUGAAUGUAAUGAUGGAUGAAUGAGACACACUAUAUGUCUGUAGGCUGCAGGAGUCUGAUUUUACAUUUUAUUAAAAAAUAAAAACAUUAAAUUACUGGUGAAGUGUCCAUGUUUCUUAAUUUUUCUUGUGAGAAUUAAAUAAAAGGAUGAGUCAAAUUAAUACUUUCAUUAUGUAUUUUGCAUUGUUUAUUGCAAAUUUGACUCAAUGCAAGCAUUCCAGUGCUUAACAAGUGUCUGUAUUCCUCUAAAAAAUUACUAAUUUCUAGUUUAUGUUGCACUUUGAAGGUUUUCAUUUGACUCACCCUCAUACACUGAGGUUUAUUUUACAUGAGAUUAGGCCUAUGUUGAAAUCACGUCUUAUCAUUAUUAUACUAUGUUAGCAUUUUUAUCAUGGUUUACGCAACUGUCAAUGUAUUAUUGACCCAAAAAAAUGGCAUUACUUCAAGGGCAGUCAUACGUUCCUUAGGGAACAUGGCAUUUCUUCAAUCAAGUGGAUGAGAAAACGUGUGUGUUAAACACUGUAAUUUUGCCAUAUGAACUUGACACAUACCUACCCUUUUCCAUCCCAUUCUUUAUUUCCUAAAUUCUGUCCAGUCUAUGCCCCAUUUACUGCACAUGUAAUUCCACAAGCACUGCAAAAUAAAGCACGUAUUUCAUCAGCAAAAUCAAACAGGAAGUUUUCAGGUGCAGGGUGGGGAUAGAAGAUGCUGCAGUUUUUAUCCACUUCUUUGCUGUCAUUCAUUGCUUAAUUAAUCAGCAAAAAUUUGACAGUAUUUCAUGACUGUCAGCAGGAGGGACUGUGAAUUUCAGCAACUUACCACAUACCAGAAAAAGAGGAAGUGACCGCAAGAGAACUGGAGGCAGAGACACACAGAUAUAAAUUAGUAUAUUUUAAUUCGAGGACAAAACCAAAUGCACUAAAGUGUUGUGCUUUAGAGAUUUUGUGAAGCUGAAGUUCUGUUCAGAAUGAAGAUCCGCCUCAUCGUUACCUUCUACCUGAUCUCAGGUCCAGUGGGUUGCUCUGAUGUGCUCUGGUUACACAGGAGGGUCGUGUCAAAAUCUACAGCAAGCACCAAAUUUAUGGAUGGCCUGCUGUGUAUUUUCGCUAAUUUAAAACUCAAACUAAGUGUGAGUACCUGAGAGAAGCUCAGGCCCAAGAGCAGAACAAAUGGAUUCAUAAGGACAGAUUUUCUCUGGUUCACUCCAGUGGAUCAUCUAUAUAGUGAUAUUCAGAAACCUGAGCUUACAGGAUGCUGGAAUGUAUCGAUGUGGAGAAACUGGAGUGUGGAAUCAUGAUGUUAACCUGAAAGUGAACAGUGUUGGUCAACAAAGAUGUGACAGUUUUACAGCAUUUUCAGUGGAAGGACCAUGAGGUUGAGUAACUCAAACACAACAGAAAAAAGGAAAUAUUCAAACCAGAAAUAGCUGGAGGCGGAGACGCACACGUAUAUAUUUCAUUUCAAGGACAAACCCAAAUGCACAAAUGCUGUAAUAUUGGUGGAAUGUUGUUUUUGUGAAGCUGAAAUUCAGUUCAGAAUGAAGAUCCUCCUCCUCAUCACCUUCUACCUGAUCUCAGGUCCAGUGGGCUGCGUUGACGUGCCUGGUUACAAAGGAGGUCGUGUCAAAAUCUACUGCAUUCCCCAAACUGCUGUGUAUUUUUGCAAAUUUAAAACUCAAACUAAGUGCGAGUAUCUGAUAGAAGCUCAAGAGCAGAACAAAUGGAUUAAUAAGGACAGAUUUUCUCUGUAUCAUUCCACUGGAUCACUUACUCUGAUAUUCAGAAACCUGAGCUUACAGGAUGCUGGAAUGUAUCGGUGUGGAGAGACCAGGGCCAUGACAUGGAGUCGUGACAUUAACCUGAAAGUGAACAGUGAUCCAUGUUGUAGCGGGACAAGAACAGUAACAGGUUAUUUGGGACAGACUGUGACGAUCAGAUGCUCCUAUCCAGUAGAGUUUGAAAAAAACUCUAAGCACUUCUACAAACGGACCGGUGACUAUGAACAUGAAGUGAUCUACACCAAUGGAAGAGAACAGUAUCAGGAUGGCAGAUUCUCCAUUUCUGAUGACAGGAGGAAUAAAGUUUUCAGUGUGAACAUCAGUGAUGUGAGAGAAGAUGAUGGAGGAGUUUAUUUCUGUACAGUUUGGAAAACAGAGGAAUCCGUUGGUUAUUACUCGUUCUUCACAAAAGUUCAUCUCCAUGUUACUGAUGACACAGACAGACCUCAGACUGGUUUCUCAUUCAUCAUCACGGUGUGUGCCAGCGUGACACUGCUGCUACUGAUUGGAGGAUCUGUACUCGUCUACAAGCUGAAAAAACGCAAGACACGAGACUCUGCCUCUAUUAGUCAGCGAACAGAAGGAAGUCACACGACUGCUGCUGAUUAUGAGAAUAAUCUACCUCAGCUUUCAAACAUCACAAUGCCGCCAAUCUACCAAAACCUAACUUCCAACACCGACCAAUCAGACUCAGCCUACCAGAGUCUAAACCCAAACACCAACCAAUCAGACUCAGCCUACCAGAGUCUAAACCCAAACACCAACCAAUCAGACUCAGCCUACCAGAGUCUAAACCCAAACACCAACCAAUCAAACUCAGCCUACCAGAGUCUAAACCCAAACACCAACUAAUCAAACUCAGCCUAUCAGAGUCUAAACCCAAACACAGUCUCCUCUAAUAGACAUUGAACCCUACUUGUAUAGUCAGCACUAAGCUACUGUACACAGACUAGUUUAAUAGGUUUUGCAUAAAUUUUGCUUUUAUAAACUAUGUGGGUUUUUCUACUAAAUUUUCCUAGUUAAAAUUUAUUUUCUUGUUCUGAUGUUUGGAGAAAAAAAAAAACUUAAAUUGAGUACUCUCUGUACUUCUUGUUUUUCCCCCCAACAUCUCAUUGUUCAAUAAACUCUUCAAAAUAUAUUGAACCUCUUGCAAUUUAAUUAAUAAAAAUUAUAAUUGGUA